AUGGUAAAUGCGCGUUGCAAUUCAGUCCAAAGAUAUUAUUACUAUUUUAUGUGGAUACCUACUACGACGAAGGUUAUACGAUUUAUAUCGCUUCAUGAAAGCGAAGGCAACUGGACGGAAAACGAUUGCUACGAAGCACGGCGCAACGGAGUGCUGUGGAGUGGUCAAACGCGUGUGUGUCGGCGCCAACCAGCAGCUAUGCCGCACGUAGCGGCUGCGGCGCGGCUCGCCCGUGCAGCUUGCCUCGCCGCGCACGCCGGUGAGCGAUGGAAUUGUUCAUCCAUUGAGCUCGCUCCAAGAUAUACGCCUGAUUUGCUUACAGGUACUCGCGAACAAGCGUACGUGUACGCGAUGUCAGCGGCCGCACUUGCGUGGUCAGUGGCGCGAGCUUGCGCUGCCGGUGCGCUAGCGGCGUGCUCGUGCGCGGCUCCGCCCCGCGCCCCUCCGCGACCUCCACGCCAAGCCGUGCCUCCCGAACCGCACGCGCGCUUUAAAUGGGGAGGUUGUGGAGAUAACUUGCAAUGGUCUGAGAGAUUUGCCAAACAGUUUCUGGACGCCCACGAAAUAGAUGUUCGAGACGGACGAUUAGAAGAUGAAAUUAUGGAAUUCGAAACAACGACUACGGGAAGAAUAACUACUACUAUGGAACCGACCACGGUUCCACCUGUUGUGAUCCUCGUCGACGACCAGCCUGCUCCUGCGAAUACUAGCACAGCUCCGAGAAAAAAGGGCCGGCGUGGACGCAAACGUUUGCCUCGCUCUCCCCGACGAGGUCGACCUACGAGAAAAAGAUUCAGAUCUAGGUAUUUAUACGAUUACGACGAAGAUAAAGAAUAUCAACAUCGAAAUAUUGAAUACCGCAUGGCAGCAGAUGACCCCCGCUUCGACCCGCAAGUUGAUCUGCAUACGCGUCUCCAACACCUGCGACCACUCAUCGCCUCCGCCAACCUUAUCAACAAUCGCUUCGGGAGAAAGGCCGUGUCGCAGGGCAUGCGCACGAAGUGCACGUGUCACGGGGUGUCGGGCUCGUGCUCGGUGCGCACGUGCUGGCGGGCACUGGGCGCGCUCGCGCGUGCGGGCGGCGCCUUGGCUCGGGAAGCGGCGCGCGCGACCGCCCUGCCCGCGCACCCCGCGCCGCGCCGCCCGCACCGCCCGCUGCGCCGCGCGCGCGUCCGCCUGCGCUACGUCACGCCCAGCCCCGACUACUGCGAGCCCGACGCCGCGGCCGGCUCGCUCGGCACGCACGGACGCAAGUGCAACGCGAGCGCGGGCGCGGGCGCGGGCGGGUGCGCGCGGCUGUGCUGCGGGCGCGGGCGGCGCGCGCUGCGCUCGGCGCGCCUCGAGCGCUGCCGCUGUCGCUACCACUGGUGCUGUCGCGUCGACUGCCAGCUCUGUCGCGUCACCACCGAGGAGCACUACUGUAACUGAUCUGGCGCAAUCGUGUAGCUUCAUGUACACUCACCUCCUCCCUCUCCUCCACCACUGCCGCACUUUCCCUCUCGUGCAGAAUAAUACCUGUUCCCGUGUACGCACACAGCCGUAGUCGUCAAAGGAUCAAUGCUGGUAAUCGACUUGUCCAUCUCAACUGACGUAGUAAUCGUUUCUGAUUAGGUAUGUAGUACCAGUCUCACGAGACUUUAAUGUGCGUUUUAAUUAGGUAUUUUGUACUGAUUUUCGGACAUUCCACGACAAACAUAAUCUGAAUUUCGUACGAAACAACGAUGUCGAUAAUAUAAUUUAAUCAUAGUUCUCUCACUGGUACUUCAAGUGCAGCGACGACAAUAUAGGUCGUUUUAUUAAUAUUAAUCUUAAAACAGGCCACUUCUAGUAAAACAAAAAAGCAACCUUCAGUGGGUUAUUUAAAGUAGUAAUUCUACGUGUACUCUAGAGGUCAGUGUGAAAACCUCAUUUGGUCCCUAUUUUUUAUCGUAUCGUAUGGAAAUUUUUUUUGUACUACAUAUAGGUAUCGUUAAAUUUCCAGACAAUAUUCUUAAAAAAGGCAAUUAUUUAUGAUAUUUGAUAAUUAGAAUUCAUAAGAUUUCUAGGAUUAUAUUCAAAUAAUUAAUACUUUUACGAAUUUUCUUCCAUCCAAGCUACCGGCAUAUGGUCUGCCUGCUCAGCUAUGCACCUGGAUUGCCAGCUUCCUACACAAGCGUAGCCUUCGUGUUUUAGUAGAUGGUUGCGCUUCACAAUUCUAUGUAGUGAAUGCUGGGGUCCCCCAGGGA